GAAACAGCACUAAAAGAAAUGAUCAGAUUGUAAGCAUAUAGAUAAGUGAUAAGAGCUUUUACACAGUUGUAUAAAGGAUAUACGAAUGUGCUGACAUGACAGCAGUUCAGUACCUUCAAGUAAGAACAAUUAAAAUAAAGGGUCUUGUGUGCUAAAAAGAUGAUAUAGCUGGGUUAAAGAUUAACAGUCACUGUAUGAGUCGGCGCUGCAGCUCUUUUGUUUUUCAGACCUUCACCAUCAAGCUCAAAAUGACAGACUUUGGAGAGAUUCUAAGGAACAUUGGGGAAUUUGGAUUAUUCCAGAAGAUCACUCUAAUCGCACUUUGCUUUCCAAACUUUGUUCAGACUUUUCUCUAUGCCAGUUUUGUUUUCAUCCAAUCAGAUCCAGACAGACACUGCAGCACAGACUGGAUCCUCAGUGCUGCUCCUAACCUGACCUCAGAGGAGCAGCUCAACCUGACCGUGCCUCGGGAGGAGGAUGGGACCUUCAGCAAGUGUGAGAUGUUUGUCCCAGUGAGCUGGGACAUUGAUACUAUCAGAGAGUACGGACUCAAUGAGACCACAGGGUGCCAGGAUGGAUGGGUGUAUGGGAACAUGCUCUACAAAGCCACCAUAGUCACUGAUUUUGAUCUAGUGUGUGGCCAGGCCAGCUUGGUGGAAGUGAUUCAAGCAAUGUUCAUGGCUGGAGUUCUUGUUGGUUCUCUCAUAUUUGGACCUUUUGCUGAAUCAUUCGGCCGCAAACGAGCAACUCAGAUUCCAGCAGUUCUGUUGUCUGUAUUCACCGUGACAACAGCUCUCUGUCCCAACGUCUACUUAUAUUUAGUAUCUCUGUUUCUGGUGGGAUUUGGAGCUGGAGGAUAUCGAGUCAACAGCAUCAUACUAUCCACUGAAUGGAUUGGGACGUCCAAAAGAUCAUGGGGAGCUUGUGUGACUCAGCUGUUUAGUGCAAUUGGAGAGUGCGUCCUCGCUGGUAUGAUCUAUGGCAUCCGAAACUGGAGACUGGCUCAGCUGAUCACAGCAGUUCCGCUUGCAGUGCUUAUUAUCUACAUAUGGUUUAUUCCAGAGUCAGCCAGGUGGCUGUUAAGCAGAGGCAGAAAAGAAGAAGCCAAACAGCUCAUUGUCAAAGCAGCAGCCAUUAACAAACACCCUGUGUCAGAGUCUCUUCUGGACAAGAUUGAAGUGAAUAACUCUGUGAAUAACGGAGGAAUAAAAAUCCUCUUCAGAUCAUCACUGCUGACCAGAUAUUUCUUUAUUAUAAUACUAUCAUGGUUUUCCGUGAACCUUUCCAUCUACAGUUUGUACUUAGACAUGCAAAACUUUGGUUUGAGCAUCUUUGUAACCCAACUCCUUUAUGGUGUUUUUGAAGUACCAUCUGUUUUACUCUCCAUGUGGCUGCUGGAUAUUUUUGGGAGGAAAAUAUUAUUCAUAGCAACCCUUCUGAUCGGAGGAGUCUCUUCCAUACUUAUCCUCGCUGUUCCUGAUAGUUACGCCAUUUCUGUCACAUCUUUAGCUGUUGUGUCUCGUUUUUUCUUGAUAUGGGCUGGCUCUAUUUGUAUGGUCUUUAUGCAGGAGUUGUUUCCAACAUCGGUUAGACAAACAGCCACAUCUUUAGGAUCCAUAUCAGCAAGAUUAGGUGGAUUACUGGCUCCACUGCUGAACUUGUUGGCCAUGUACCACUCGGUCAUACCCAUCACAGUCUUCAGCUGCCUUACGUUGAUAGGCGGAUUUCUCGGCUUCUUGCUUCCCGAAACCAAAAGAAAAGAGCUUCCUGAGACGACUGAAGAGGCUGAGCGCAAUGGACAAGUUAGUUCCACAAGAAGAACAACUACCAGUCCACAUUCAUAUUCAACCAAGAUGUAGAUGUUUGUGUACUGACUUUGUUUUGUAUUGAGUUUUUAACUCUUUCUACAAAUAUACCAAAAUAAUUAUGAUAUGUUUUUAAUUCAAAUAUGUGGGGAUUCUAACACAGGAAACUCCAAAAAGACAGGAUACAGACAGAUAAGAGAAAUCACAACCACGGACAAACAAGGCUGGGACAUAUAUACACAGGUGGGUGAUAAGGGUAGUGGAAACAGCUGGGGAACACACUAGGAACAAAUUAGGCUUGACGAGGCAGAGGAAGCAAAAUAAAACAGGAAGUGACAAACACGGAACAGAGACAAAGAACAAAAAACAGAAGAUGCGAGCUUGACACAGACAAACGGAAAGACAUGACAACAUACAGGAGACAGACAUACACACAGAUGAGACAGGGAACAACUGGACACGAAAGGGGACUAACUAAAUCAGGAGAGGGACUAAGAAUUAGAACCAUGGAUAACCAAACUAGGGAGUGAGAUUAUAACAGAGCAUCACUGCACUGUCGAGAUCAUCGAUAUCCUCAAAUUUGAAGACACGUAUUCUACUAAUUAAUCCAUGAUUCAUAAUAAUCUGAUCCCUUUAUCAUUCCUUGCUUUAUUCUGCAGCAGAUACACUGUAUUAGUGUUUGCUUUGUAUGUUUCUCCGUACCUCCACAGAGUUGUAUUGUAUGGACCAACUGUGAAACAAUACCGUUAUUGUAUUAAUGUUUUUUGAUAUAAGAGAUCUCUUAGUUUUAUAUAAUGCAAGCAUUUAGAUACAGUCUUAUAUGAGCUUUUUAACGAUUUGGCAUCAGUUUAUGGACUUACUUUAUUAUAACGUUAUUCAUCAUAAUUAUAAAUUAAUUUUUUCUAAGCACUACAUGUUUUGUAUGCUAUAAUUUAGUGAUAAAUUAUUGACUUUCAAUCUUUUCUUUAAAGGCAUUGUUUGCAAACAGUUUAACAUUAAAUCCAAAAAUACUCUUCAGUGAAAGUAGAGUGUGAUGGCAUCACCUGAGACUGGCACCUAAACUAUCUGGCACGUUCGUGCAAAGUCAUAAUUUCAUUCUGAUGUAAUUUAAAUCUAAAUAUAAAAAAGAUUUAACACCAAAUUUAAAUUUCAUGGGCGGCAUGUUAUAUAACACAAAUCCAGUUGCUUCCCACAAAUAAAAGAAAUGAAACAAAGAAACAAAACAUUGCUUCUGUGUUGAUACUUU